AUGAAGUUCACGGCCGCCCAGUUCGUUCUGAGCCUGCUCGGCCUCGGCGUCGCCGCGAAGCAGCCCAAUAUUCUGUUCAUCUUGACCGAUGACCAAGGCAAGGAAGCCAUUGGUGGGUUGGAGCACAUGCCCGAGCUCCAGGAGAAACUCGUCAAAAAGGGCAGCACCUACCCCAAACACUUCUGCUCGGUCGCACUAUGCUGUCCCUCGCGCGCCAACCUCUGGACCGGCCGCAUGCCGCACAACACAAACGUCACCAACGUCGAGCCCCCCUACGGCGGGUACCCGAGGGUGGUCAGCGCCGGCUGGAACGACAACUACCUGCCGCUGUGGAUGCAAGACGCCGGCUACGACACGUACUACGUCGGCAAGCUGUGGAACUCCCACACGGAGAAGAACUACAACAAGCCGUACCCGCGCGGGUUCAACGGGUCCGACCUGAUGCUGGACCCGUGGACGUACCGCUACCACGCGGCGCGCAUGACGCGCAACGCGGAGCCCCCCGUCGACUACUCCGGCCAGUACUCGACCGACGUCAUCCGCAAGAAGGCGCUGGGGUUCCUCGACGACGCGCUGAAGAGCGAGGACGGUCGCCCCUGGAUGCUGACUGUGGCGCCGAACGCGCCGCACUCGAACGGCAGCUUCGAUCCCUCGACCAAGGCCGCUUGGUUCGGCGAGCCGGAGUACCCUGAUCGCCAUGCGAACUUGUUCAAGGACUACCGCAUCCCGCGCGAUAAGAGCUUCAACCGUGCCAUCGAGAACGGCCCGGCUUGGGUGGGCCAGCUGGAGCCCAUCAAGCCGCACGUGCUGGACUACAUCGACGAGUUCCAGCGGUGCCGGCUGCGCGCGCUGCAGUCUGUCGACGAGAUGAUCGGCGCGUUGAUCGAUCGGCUGGACAAGGCUGGCGAGCUGGAUAACACUUAUAUCUUCUACUCGACGGAUAAUGGGUACCACGCUGGACAGCAUGCGAUGCAGCCUGGGAAGAACUGCGGAUAUGAAACCGACAUCAAUGUCCCCCUCAUCGUCCGCGGACCCGGUAUCCCCGAAGGCGAGACCCUCGACGUCAUCACCAGCCACACGGACCUGGCACCGACAUUCCUGAAACUCGCCGGCGCCAAGAAAGACGGACUGGAUGGGAGUGCCAUCCCGACGACGGUGAAGGCCAGCAAGGCCGCUGAUAAGAAUGAGCACGUUGCUGUUGAGUACUGGGGGUCGGCCGUCCCCGAAGGAAUCUACGGCUGGAUGAGCAACGAAUCCUCCCGAGCCGGAAACAUCUACGGCGAAAACACCUACAAAGCAGUCCGCCUCCUCUCCGACGACUACAGCCUCUACUACUCCGUAUGGUGCACGGGAGAUGUAGAAUUCUACGAUCUAAAGGCCGACCCCCUCCAAACCAAAAACCUCGGCGCAAAGCCCCAACAACAUAAAUUCCUCUCCCGCCCCCUCGAACAAGCCAUGCACCGCCUCAACACCCUCACCAUGGUGCUGAAAUCCUGCAACGGCGACUCCUGCCGCCACCCGUGGCAGCAGUUGCACCCAGGCGGCGCAGUGAAGAGCCUCUCCGCGGCGCUCGACGCUAGCUUCGACAAGUUCUACGCCUCGCAGCCGAAGGUGGCGUUCGCGGACUGCGCGCAUGGGUAUCUCUGGGAGAAGGAGGGCCCGCACGACUUCAAUAUCUUUGGCGGGGGGAAGUCGAGUUAUUUGACAGCUGGUAAGAUAUUCAUUUACGGAGAUUUGUAUUGGCUAACUACAGAAGAGUGA